AUGAAGUUUGUAACUACUGCCGGUCAAAAGGCGGCAGCUGUGCUGCUGCUGGCCAUGAUCGUUGUUGUCGCUGGCAAGUCGGUCGAUAAGAUCCGUCGCCCGUUCCCAGGUAUCGAGCGAAUAGGAAGUCGUCUCGAUACGGUUCGACCGCCUAAGGGAUACGUUUCGCAGAACCCGCGUACGGUCGAGGGUCGUUUCACGUCCCGCAGAAACCACUUCGACCCGCAAGACCGCAACACCUUCGAAUUUACCUACCUGACAAACGACGAGUACUACCGCGAGGGAGGUCCACUGUUCCUUGUCGUUGGAGGAUUCUACGCGGUCAAUCCAUUCUUCAUAGAAGGCACCCACUUCAGCGAUAUUGCUGCCCAGCAUGGUGCUAUGUUGGCGACCUUUGAGCAUCGUUACUAUGGAAACAGUAUCCCAGUGGAAGAUUAUUCGACGGAGAAUCUUCGAUUCCUGCGCACGGAGCAGGUCCUGUUCGAUUUGAUCGAGCUUGUUGACUUCCUAAAACGCGAGGUUAUGAACGAUCCGAAUGCGCGAGUUAUCCUUCACGGUGCAGCUCAAGGCGGCACUCUCGCCUCGUGGGCUCGUCAACGCUUCCCGAACAUCAUUGAUGGUGCGUGGGCCUCGAGCUCCCCGGUGCGUGCCACUGUCGAUUUCCCCGAGUUCGCCGAAGACAUCGGAAACAUUAUCCGCGAGAAGGGGAGCGAUCAGUGCUACAACCGCAUCUUCCAGGCAUUCCACACGGCACAGAACCUACUUGAUGCCGGCCUUGGCGAUAGAAUUUCGGAGAUGUUCAACACUUGCGACCCGGUGAACAUUGAGGACACGCUAGAGGUGGAACUGUUCUUCUACGCCAUGAUGAUUUCGCUAGAGUCGGCCAUGAUGGAUGAAGGGGACUAUGAUAAUAUUGGCCGUGUGUGCGAUCGGCUUACCAGCGACGAGUUCAGCACUGGAUUGGAUGCCUUGUCCGCUUUUCUGCUCGAUCGUUACGCCGAUGUGCGUGAGUGCUUCGAUCUGUCGUUCGAGAAUUUUGUCCGCUACCUGACGGAUGUCGAUAUCGACAGUGAAGCGAACCAGGAGCUAGGUCUGCGCAAGUCUGCCUACCAAACAUGCACCGAGUUCGGUGCGUUCCCGAUCACCACGUCGCCGGAUCAGCCCUUCGGAAACCGUGUCACGUACGACCUCUUCUUGGCCGAGUGCCAGGUGGCAUUCGGAGAAUUCCUCACUGAGCAGGUGGUCUAUGAGGGUGUGCGCCUUACAAAUCUCCACUACGGAGCGGACGAUCCUCGCACCACCAACGUGCUGUUCACCAACGGUGCGCUGGACCCAUUGCGCCAUGUCUCUAUCACCUCGUAUCAGAACUUGCUGGCGAACGCUCGCGUCACGCCGAGGGAGUUCACCGCAGCGGAUGUUUUUCCGAUCAAUGACUUCGACUCAGAGGAGCUCCUCCAGACCAAGCGUAUGGCCGAACAGUAUAUCUCGACAUGGCUCGGAUCACCGAUCAGCCCUUUCUAG